AUGGAGAGCAACAUGCAGCAGCAGCAGUCCGCUAGCCAGGCUUCUGGUAGCAACGCCUCUGGCGACAACAUGAGCGCCCAUGGUCAUGACGCCCAGCAGAUCCAGCAGCAUCAGGCCGAGAUCAAUGCUCCUGAUGGCCCCGCUGCUGACAGCCCUGGUCAUGACAGCAACAUGAAUCUUCACGAUGAUGAUAUCCAGCAGGCCCAGCAGCAGCAGGCCCAGCAGCACCAUGUGCUUGUCCCCAACCAUCACCACGGCAUGGUCCCGAUUGCUCACGACCCCACUGCUCAGAAUCAGCACCAGCUCGCGCUUCAGGUCCACGGCCAGGCUUUCGGCCAGAACAAUCAAGCCCACCAGCAGAUGCCCAACCCUGUCGGUGCCGGAAACCCUGCUGCUAGUUCGCAGAACGCCAUCAUGGCUGCUCAUGGUCCUCAGUCCUUGGCCUUCGGCCAGGCUCUUCAUGCCCAGCAGCAGGUGUACACCGCUAUCGGUGCCGCAAUGGCGGCUUCCAACCACAACGCCAACAUGGCUGCUCAGCCUCAUCAACAGCAGAUUCCCAAUGCUGUCGGUGCCGGAAACCAUGCCCCCAACAUCCAUAAUGCCAUCAUGGGUGCUCAAGCUCCCCAGCCAAGCCUCCCUGGAGCCGCCAACCCGAUGCACUGUUCUAAGUGCCGCAAGAAUGGCAAUGUGGCGUGGAAUACCCGCUUGCAGGACCCAGAUGCACAGUCGCGCGUCUUGAAGACGUUCGCCACGUGCAACCACUGCAAGUGGUCACCUCGCUUGCAGGACGAGUCGGCUAUCAACUGGGUCAUGCGCAAUGCCCCCUGGCUGGUCAACGACGUUGGGGCGUACUGCCCUUGUUAUGUGGGCAGCGCGGGUAAUCAUGCCCCUCACCCCAUGUGCCUCACCCGCACCCGCACCCGCGCGGGUGCUCCCGCUCCGGCCGCCCUUCACGCCGCUGCUCCGGCCGCUGUGCUCGCUGCCGCCCCCGCCCCGCCCCCGGCCGCGCCUCCUGCUGCUCUCCUUGGAGUUCCGCCUGCGGGCUUCGUGCCCAACCCUGUGGCUCCCGUCGCCCUGAUGCUUCCUGAUGCCGGUGGUGCUGGCUAUGACCUCGACGACGGAGAUGCAGAGCUUUUUGUUAUGCCUGGAGAGCAUUAG